AUGGCGGGGUCGUGCUCGCGCGCGCCGAGGGCGAAAACGUUCGGCGAGCCGUUCGCGUUCGGCCGCCCGUUGAAGCUGAACAGUGAUCCGCGCCCGCUGUCGGAUCGAAGCAACCGCGGCGUCCAUCGCGCGCAUCAUCGCGAGCGGCGCGACGGCUCGGGACCGCCGUCGUCCUCCGCCUCCUCCACCACCUCCGGUUAUUCCGAGACGGCGGACGCGCGCUCGAACGCGCGGCGCCAACGCCGACGCGAACCCGUCGGCGGCUACGGCGUCACGCCGCCGUGCGCGAUGGCGCCGACGCCGCUGAUGCGCACGAGCAGCACGUCGCCGUGGGACUUCCGCGACGACGACGGCGUCGCGGACGCGAAGCGGAUGCGAGGGGGGAACGCGAAAGACGGAGACGGAUUAAUAUUCUACGUCCACCCGGACGACGUCCCCGCGCGCGCGAUCAAAGCGCGGCCGUACGAGCCGUACAAGCCGCCGACGCCGGAGAAGGCGAGAGAGAAGACGCCGGUGAAGGCGGUCGGUGGCGACGACGAGGACGACGACGAGAAGGAGGACGACGAGCUCACGGCUGUCGAAAAGCUGACGCGCGCGCCGUCGCAUCAUCGAUCGCUCAGAACGGCCCUCACGAUCGAGGAGCGCACGAAGCGUUGGGAGGAGAAAGAGCGCGAGCGCGAGCGCGCCGUCAAGGAACGGAAAGAACGCCUCGCGAUGGAGGCGAGGGAGAUCGCGGCGGCGGCCGCGGCCGCGGCGGCGUCGCGCGGCGCGGCGCGGCGACCCGCGGCGCCGCGUGUCGCGUUCGGCGGCCGCCCGCCGCCCAAGCCUCCGAAACCGCCCCCACCGGAGCGUUACUACUCGCACGAGGACGAGCUCGACGCGUUCGCGCCGCCGAAACGACACGGCCCCGCGUUCUCCUUCGGCGUCCGCGCGUCGCAGAGCGCGAUAUUGGAAGGCCCGGGGAAGGACUCGCCGGGACCGGCGGCGUAUUACGAUUUGGAGAUGACCCACGAGGCGCUCGUCGGCCACGUCCCGACGGCGACGUUCGGGAAGCCGCCCGAGCGCGGCGGCGGCGGCGGCGGCGGCGGAGGUGGCGGCGGCGCGUGGUCGUCCGCGUGGUCGUCCGACCCGGACGCGCCGGGCCCCGGGGAGUACGACGUGGACGUCGCCGCGGCGCGGACGAAGCGCGGCGCGCCGGCGUACAGUUUCGGAGGGAAACAUUUCGACGCGGCAGCGCGCGCGUCCGCCGACGUCCCGGGACCUGGGGCGUACCACCCCGAAGAAGAGAUCCAGAUCCUAUCGGACGGCACCGCAGUUCUUCUCGGCGGGGUCAGGGACUCGAUCAAUUCGAAAGGCUUCACGUUCGGCGCGCGCGUCGGGCCAUCGUGGCACGACGCCGGCGCGGGCGCGGACGCGCCGGGCGUCGGGGAAUACUACAAAGAUCCGCUGCUUUUCCACGCGACGCGCGCCGCCGGGACGGACACCGCGCCCGCGUUCUCGUUCGGGACCGCCGCGCGCGGCGGACCCGACGCUCGCCACGACGCGGACCCGACGCCGGGACCGGGGGAGUACGUCGGCGUCGAGGCGUACUUCGCGGAGGCGGACGCGAGAACGUCCAUCGCGCGGAGCACCUUUGGCGUCCGAAGACCGUCGCCCGGCGACGCCGCGUCCGCGACGGGCGCCAUCGGUCCCGGCGAAUACCACAGGGACCGGACGCUCGAGGACCCGGAGGCGAUCCGCGGCGGACCCGCGUACACGCUCGCGGCAAGGCUCGCGGGUCCGACGUCGGCGACGUCGGCGAGCGCGGACGCGCCCGGCCCCGGGCAGUACGACGUUCAUCUCGCGCGCGCCGCCGACCGCGGACCCGCGUUUACGAUGGCGGGGAGAACCGGGAGACCGGGAGACGACGACGACGACGCGCGAAGUCGGGGACCCGGUCCCGGCGCGUACGACGUCCGCGCCGUCGCCGCCGUCGGCAGCGCGAGCGCGGGCGCGCCCGCGUACACGAUCGGCGAGAGGGUUAAGACGCGCGCGCCCGCCGCGGACGUCCCGGGACCGGGGCAUUACGGCGCCGCGCCGGGGCUGCCGAGCGACGCCAUCGACGGCGGCUUCUCCUCGUUCGUCGACGGCGGCGGCGGCGGCGGCGGCGUCGCGCGAGGGUACACGAUCGCGGGGAGGGACGCGUGGGAGCGCGGCGGCGCGGGGGACUCGGGGUUCGAGAUGCCGGGGCCCGGGGCGUACGACGUCGGCGGCGACGCGACGGCGCGGCCGCGUGCGGCGGCGCCGGCGUUUACGAUGGCGGGGCGCGCGCGCGACGCGUCGGCGCUCGACGACGCGCCGGGUCCGGGGGAGUACGCGAAGGAGCUCGACGCGGUGACGAAGGACGGGUCGAGCGGGCCGUCGUACACGUUCGGGCGGAGGCACGCGAACGACGGCGCGAUGGGGAACAUGAAGGAGAAGGCUGCCGUGCCGGGCCCGGGGGCGUACCGCGUCCACGACGCCGACGACGACGACGCCGACGACGCCGACGGGGGCAGCGGACGACGACGAAAGCGACCGAAACCGAAGCGAGGCUACACGAUCGCGACGCGAACGAAAGACCCGGCGACGAUCGGCGACGCGCGCGGCGGACCGGACUGGCCCGGCCCCGGGGAGUAUCACGACUCGGACAGACUCGCCGCCGACGCGGAGGGCGGGCGCACGAUGGGCGCGAGGCUGCCCGCCGCGGGGACGGACGCGACACCCGGUAAGGAAGGGCCCGGCCCGGCGAUGUACGGCGGAUACACGACGGCGGAUCUGGAGGUGGGGACGGAGUGGAGCAUGGGGGAGAGGCUCGAGACGGGGGGCGUGUUCGCGAACGCGAUGGGCGAGGACGCGCCGGGACCGGGGUACUACGCGCCCGAGGUUUUUCAGUGGCCCGUCGGGAAAGUCGUGCCGUGGAAACAAGUCGGGUUCACGAUUCGUCCGCGGAGGGACGACGACGGCGGAGGCGGCGGCGGGAGGUCGCCCGGGCCGCCGACGCCAGGGCCGGGAUACUACGAGCCGGAUACCUCGACCCUGGAGGCGGACGCGCGCGCGAAGACGCCGCCGUGGAGGAUGAAGGGCGUCUCCGUGAAGACGCGCGAGGGGUGGGAGAAAGCCGCCGCGCGCGAGCGAAAAAGCGACGCGCCCGCGCCGACGGACUACGACCCGACGCCCCCGAACGGGAGAUCCCCCGGGGGGCCCGCGCACACGAUCGGCGUGCGUCGAGGCCCGAGCGCGCGGCGCGCGGCGGCGGCGAGACGCAACCCGAGCCCCGGGCCGGGCGCGUACGAGAACGGUCCGAGGCCGAUCGGCGCGUCCAACGUCGCGAAAUUGCAAAAGGGGGUCGUCCUCGGCGCGCGCCCGCCGGACCGAAAGGCGGCGGCGGACGCGGACGCGCCCGCGCCUGGGGAGUACUACCCCGACGGCGACGGCGACGACGCGAGGAAGAAGAGCUCGUCCCGGGGGCCCAACUUGGGGCGCGCGACGGGGCACGACGCCCCGGGAGGCGCGCUCGACGCCGCGACGCGCGCGGGGCGGACGCCGGGACCGGGGGAAUUUUACGACGAGACGACGGACGCGCGGCGCGGCGCGAGGGGACGCGCGACGACCAUCUCGAGGACCGGGCACGACGCGUACGGGGGGUUCAUGGACGUCGCGCGGCUCGGCGGAGAAACGCCUGGCCCCGGGGAGUUUUAUUCCGCCGGCGGGCGUCGCGGGACGACGCCGGUGCGGAUCGGUCGGACGACGGGGCACGACGCGCCCGGCGGCGCGAUCAGGCGCGUUCUAUACACUGGUCCCCAUACGACCGCGUUCGCGUGCGGCGCCGCGCUCGCGCCGGGACCGGGCGAGUACCACCGCGACGGCGCCGGUCGGAUCCGGGGCGGGGUGAUCGCGCGGACGGGCCACGACGCGUACGGCGGCGCGUUGGACGCCGCGCGCGGAGCCGGCGCGACGCCCGGGCCCGGAGAGCACCACCCCGAAGACGGCGUCGGCGUCGCGAAGAGCGGAUCGACGUCCAAGUCGCCGCCGCGGGGGCCGAACCUCGCGCGGAUGACCGGCCGGAGCGCCGCGGGCGGGCCGCUCGACGCCGCGAGGGACGGCGCGGACACCCCGGGGCCGGGAGAGCACUACCCGGACCUCGAGGGAACGACGUCCGGGCGCGGCGCGGCGGGGAGUCGCGGUCGGGGCGUGAAAAUCCCCGCCGCCGGCCGCGACGCGCCAGGGGGUCCCCUGGACGCCGCGCGCCGCGGCCGCGACGCGCCCGGCCCCGGGGAGUACCACCCCGACGACGGCGUCGCGAAGAUCUCGAGCUCGACGACGUCGAAGAUGCCGCCGCGCGGCGUGCACUUUGGGCGUCCGCCGCCGGCGCCGCGUCGCGGCGCCGACGCCGGCCCCGCGCCCGGCGAGUAUCACCCCGACGAGCCGGUCGCGGCGCCGCCGAGGGGCAUCCUCAAGAAGCGAUCGACCGCGACGCCCGGGGUCACGAUCCCGCGCGCGGAGGGGGGAUCAAGCCUCGUCGCGAAGGACGCGGGCGAUCGACCGGGGCCGGGAGAGUACGACGCGGAGUUCCACCCGAAGACGAUCGCGGGGCUCGUGCGAGAGGCGUUGAAGAAGCCGGGCGCGAUGGGGGAGCCGCCGCCGACGCGGAGGACGAGGUUCGCGGACGGGCCGGGUCCGGGGGAGUACCACGCCGAGGAAGAUCCGUCGCGUCGAGGCGGCGUCGGGAUCACGAUCAAGACGAGGAAGGCGUGGGAGCCGAAGCCGAAGCCGAAGAGGGGCGCGGGGAGGGGGAGGAAGUAG